AGUGUUUACACAGAUGACGAUGCGUAUUCCGUAUUCGUAAUCAGUGGUAGGUAAGCUAUUGCCUAUUGGCAUUUGGUUGUUGUAGUUGAAGCGGAUAGAAAAAGGUGUCGCCCACCCACUGAGUAGUAGCGUCUUCAUCAGUCUUCUCCAUUUCAAUUUUCAGAGUUCAAACGCUUUGCGGCAAUGGCGGUGUCGUCAGCAUCUCUGGCUUCUCAACUCUCCGGUCCCGCCUCCACUCCUAACUUCUCCGCCCUCCGUCGAUCUAUCCCCACCUCCCUCACUCUCUCUACCACUCAAUCCUUCUUCCAAACCGUCGACUCUCGCCUCCGCGUAUCCUCUUCUGGCAAAGGCUGCCGAGCCGUCGUCGCCAUGGCCGGCUCCGGAAAGUUUUUUGUUGGUGGAAACUGGAAAUGUAAUGGAACAAAAGAGUCUAUAGCCAAGCUAGUCUCUGAAUUGAACAGUUCAAAGCUGGAGCCUGAUGUUGAUGUGGUGGUGGCACCUCCUUUUCUGUAUAUUGAUCAAGUAAAGAACAAUUUAACUAAUCGGGUUGAGAUUUCUGCUCAGAAUUGUUGGAUUGGAAAGGGUGGAGCUUUUACUGGAGAAAUCAGUGUGGAGCAGUUAAAUGAUAUUGGAUGCAAGUGGGUCAUUCUUGGUCAUUCUGAGAGGAGACAUAUAAUUGGAGAAAAUGAUGAAUUUAUAGGAAAGAAGGCUGCUUAUGCCUUGAGCCAAGGUGUUGGAGUUAUAGCCUGCAUCGGGGAACUUUUACAAGAAAGAGAGGCAGGAAAAACUUUCGAUGUCUGUUUCCAACAAUUAAAGGCUUUUGCAGAUGCUUUACCAAGUUGGGAUAAUGUUGUCAUUGCAUAUGAGCCUGUAUGGGCUAUCGGAACUGGCAAAGUGGCCACACCUGAGCAGGCUCAAGAAGUGCAUGCAGCUAUUCGUGAUUGGCUUAGUAAGAAUGUCUCAUCAGAUGUUGCUUCAAAAACACGUAUUAUCUAUGGAGGUUCUGUGAAUGGAAGCAACUGCGCCGAACUUGCAAAGAAAGAAGACAUUGAUGGAUUUCUAGUGGGAGGUGCUUCCCUAAAGGGUCCUGAAUUUGCCUCCAUUGUUAACUCUGUCACUUCCAAAAAGGUUACUGCCUGAUUAUAGUUUAGUCCCUCCGUUUGAUGGUCAUACCAUGCAUGCUAAAUAAAUGAGUGGGAGAAAUUCCUGUAGCAUAUGCAUCGUGCUAUAUAUGUUGAUGUGGUGGGUGAAAUUUUUGAUAGAAUAUUUGCUGUCAUCACAAUGUAAGUCGAAGAAGUCGUUACUUGAAAGAACGUUUUCGUCCACCUGUCAUAUAAUGCUUUGAUGUUAUGCCUUUCUGUUUAGUGAUGUGAUACAUCGACAAGGAAUAAUAAUCGUCAACGAGUUUUGAUCUCUUUA